UUACAUUGGAGCCCUAGACAGCGUUGUUUAGUUCAGCACCGAAGUCGAUUGAUAGAUUCCUUGACGAGAGCAUUGUCCUCCUCUGUCGCAGAAUCUCUCGACCGAGAUGAUUGUCGCAGCUUCCAUAUUCAGAGGGGGCGAGGGAGCGGCUCGUGGCGACACUGUACUUGUUUCCCAUCUGCUCGAUUUCAGUGUGCGUAUCUGGUGAAUCAAAGAGAUUUUUUUUUUUUUUUUUUUUUUUUUUUUUUUCUCAAAUGCAGAAGAAAGAAGAGUACGUCAAGCCAAGUUUACAGCUUUUGAAUGGGGUUUUUUUCACUAAUAUCUUAGCGGAAGUGUUGGCGUGAACAACUGAACAUGAUGAUUUGAUGAUGGACUUGCCUUUGGAUUCAACUUGCUGGAUACAUUAUUAUCCACCAUUGGUGUCGAAGAAAAGAUUCGUUCAGAAUGGUCAGAUUCUCUGUUUUGUCAGAAAUGGCUCAAGGAUUGCAUCUCAUCUGGAUGAUCUUCUUCUGUAUUCAUCUGAUUUGCAUCUCAAGUCAACAGGAGGAUGGGUUUAUUUAUAAUGGCUUUAGCCAAGCAGACCUUUAUACUGACGGUGUUGCUAAAAUUCUUCCCAAAGGACAGUUGCAGUUGACUGACGGAUCCGGACAGAAAAUGGGUCAUGCUUUCGUCAAGAAGCCUUUUGAGUUCAGUACACCUGAAUCUCUCUCUUUCUCAACUCAUUUUGUGUGUGCACUGGUGCCUAAGCCCGGUUUUAUUGGUGGUCACGGUGUUGCCUUUGUUUUAUCUGCCUCCAUGGAUCUCACACAGGCAGACGCAACACAGUUCUUGGGACUUUUUAACAUCUCAACUCAAGGAUCCCCUUCUUCUCACCUAGUUGCUGUUGAGCUAGACACUGCUCUCAGCGCUGAGUUUGAUGACAUUGAUGCCAAUCAUAUUGGAAUUGAUGUCAAUAGCCUUAUGUCUAUUGCUUCUACUCCGGCUGCUUACUUUUCCGAGAUAGAUGGGGAGAACAAAAGCAUACAACUUCUGAGUGUUGAUCCUGUUCAAGUUUGGGUGGACUACGGAGGAAGUGUACUUAAUGUUUCUCUGGCUCCUCUUAAAAUUCAGAAGCCAAGCCAGCCUCUUUUGUCAAGAUCCAUCAACCUUUCAGAAACAUUUCCAGACAGAAAGUUCUUUCUUGGGUUCUCUGGAGCAACAGGGACAUUGAUCAGCUACCAAUACAUACUCGGAUGGAGUUUUAGCAGAAACAUGAUGUCAUUACAGCCCUUGGAUGUCAGUAAACUCCCUCGAGUUCCUCGUCAUAGAGCUAAAAAUAAGAGACCAUCAGCGCUGCUUAUUAUUCUGGUCAUGUUACUGGCUACUAUAGUGUUUUUGGCUCUUGGAGCAGCUUAUAUCUACAGGAGAAGGAAAUAUGCAGAAGUAAGAGAAGAAUGGGAAAAAGAAUAUGGUCCACACCGUUUUUCUUAUAAAGCUCUGUACAAUGCAACGAAAGGGUUUAACAAGGAUGGACUUCUUGGAAAAGGAGGUUUUGGAGAAGUGUACAAAGGAACUCUGCCUUCCAAAGAACAAAUAGCAGUGAAAAGAGUGUCCCACGAUGCAGAGGAAGGGAUGAAACAGUUUGUGGCUGAAAUCGUCAGUAUGGGUAACUUGAAGCACAAGAAUAUGGUUCCACUUAUUGGGUAUUGUAGAAGAAAAGGUGAGUUACUUCUGGUAUCUGAAUACAUGCCUAAUGGUAGUCUUGACCAAUACUUAUUCAAUGACGGAAAACCACCCUUUUCAUGGCAUCAAAGACUUGUAAUCAUCAAGGAUAUAGCUUCAGCUCUUAAUUACAUGCAUACAGGGGCUCCCCAAGUUGUUCUCCACCGAGAUAUCAAGGCUUCUAACAUUCUGUUAGAUGCUGAACUUAAUGGAAGGUUAGGGGACUUUGGUAUGGCAAGGUUUCAUGAUCAUGGGAGAGACCCUGCUACAACUGCUGCUGUAGGAACCAUUGGCUACAUGGCACCAGAGCUUGCUACAAUGGGAGCUUGCACUGCCACUGAUGUGUAUGGAUUUGGUGCUUUUUUACUUGAAGUAACAUGUGGGAGGAGACCUGUGGAACCUGGGUUGCCAGCUGAAAGAUGGUAUAUAGUUAAGUGGGUAUGUGAAUGUUGGAAAAUGGCGUCUUUGCUCGGAGCUAGAGAUCCAAGAUUGAGAGGUGAAAUCUCAGCUGAGGAAGUUGAAAUGGUACUGAAACUAGGGUUGCUUUGCACAAAUGGUGUGCCAGAACUAAGACCUUCUAUGGAAGAAGUUGUGCAAUACUUAAACCGAAGCUUAAAGCUGCCUGAUAUCUCUCCAAGUUCUCCUGGUAUCGGGUCCUUUACCCCACUGAUUAUCGGAUCAAACCCCUUCCCUGUCUCCCCAACUACCAAGACUUUUUACUCUUCUUCCUCGGCCAACGACUCUACAUUUGUUACUCACUCAAUUGUCCAUGGCCAUGGACGGUAAACUUUGAGAACUUUGGUUUGGCAUGCAUACCAUUUUGCUUCACUUGUGAAGUCUAUUUAUUUUUUGAUAUUUGACAAAGACAUCCACCAUUGAAAAGUAGUAUUUGGAGUCUUUUGUAGAAGUGUUGUUAAGCUUUGUAAAUUUUGAUGUUUCAUAUCUCCAUUUCUCAUUUUACAUUAAUUUAUUGCAUUUUCCAGUAAUAAGAGGCUUUUGUACA